CCGGGCGCCGUCGGUGGGGCGCGCUCCGCCGCCUGCGGAUCCCCCGCCGCCUCCUCCUCAAUCUACCUCAGCUCGGCCCCGCUUCGCCGAGGAGGCGGUCCCCCCCGCAGGCAGUCCGGCCCGCAGGCCGCCGGCGUUGUCAUCUCCCGCUUCCCCAGCCCUCCCCGGCGCGCCCCCGCCGCACCCCGCGUCCCCAGCGGCUUGCGCGCCUCCUGGCUUCUCCCCCGGCCCGGGCUCGCGACGGCUGAGGGCUCCGUCGGCCCAAACCGAGCUGGGUGCCCACGGCCGGUGAUCUCCCCCGUCCCCCUCCCCCGACGUGGCGCCCCGUUCCAGCUCAGCGCGCCCCUCGCCGGCCUCUGGGCCGGCCGCGCGCUCCUUGGCCGCCACCUCCCUCGGCUCCCGCCCCCGGCCCCGCCCGCCCUCCGCGCCCCCGCGGACUAGGGCUACACUUUCUGUUUCUCUCGGCGCUGUCCUCGCCCGCUGUGAGCCUGCCCGCCUCUCGCUGUCCCCUCUCCCUCUCGCCCCUCACUUUGGCCCCCCCCAUUCACGUUCACUCUGUCUCUCUCUCUAUCUCUGCUCCCCUCUGUCCUUGAUACAACAGCUGACCUCAUUUCCCGAUACCCUUUCCCCCCCGAAAAGUACAACAUCUGGCCCGCCCCGGCCCGCAGACAGCCCGCCCUCCCUCGACAAGCAGAAGAGUCCCCCCCCCAAAAAACAAGCCAAGCCCCCGUUCUGCCCCGUCGCACAUUCGGCCCCCGCGACCGGGGCCAGAGCGGUCCUGGCAGAGGAGUGCCCGGCAGGAGGGCCAACGCCCGCUGUUCGGUUUGCUUUAGGCAGCAGGGAGAUGGGCAGCAGCUGCGCCGGCUUCCAGACACCGAUGGGGAUCCCGGUGGGGAAGUCGUUGUUGUGGCUGUUCAGCUUCUUGGCCUUGGCCUCGUGCUGCAUCGCUGCUUACCGCCCCAGUGAGACUCUGUGUGGCGGGGAGCUGGUGGACACCCUCCAGUUCGUCUGUGGUGACCGCGGCUUCUACUUCAGCAGACCCGUGAGCCGACACAGUCCUCGCCGCUCCCGAGGCAUCGUGGAGGAAUGCUGCUUCCAGAGAUGCAACCUGGCCCUGCUGGAGACCUACUGCGCCGCCCCCGCCAAGUCCGAGAGAGACCUGUCGGCUCCUCUGGCCACAGACUCGGACCAACCCAAACAACUCGUGGGCAAGUUCUUCCAACGUGACGGCUCGAAGCAGUCCUCCCAGCGACUGCGCAGGGGCCUGCGAAGCCUCCUGUACGCCGGCCUGGGUCACGUACUCAACAAGAUCGACGAGUACAAAGAGGCCAGCCGAAUUAUGAGCAGUCAGUCCGUCAACCAACGCCCCCAGAUCAUCGUGUCCUCCCAGGACCCUGUCCACGAGAACCCUCCUGUCACGGAAUAUUAGAAGUGAGCCAAAAUGUCGUAAUUCUGCGGGCCGUCACCAUUGCCCUGUCUCCUCCUGACCAGGGACCUGUCCACCAGGGUCCUGCCUCUAAACCUCCUCUGCCAUCUCCCCCCCGUGGGCUCCCCUAGCCCCAGCCCCCCUGCCCCAGCCUCCCUGAGUCAGGCUGCUUCCCUUCGGCCCCCUCCACCGGGCUGAGUAUAACAUCUUUAAAAACAUAUGAAACAAUUGGCUUUAACCAUCCUCCACAUAUGCCCCUGCCCCCUAUUAGUACCCCCAAAUGGUCCAGGCUAAAAAAAAAAAAAAAAAUCGAAAAAUUAAACGCAUAAUAUAACCCCCCCCCGCCCCGAAAACUAAUUGGCUCUUUAGUAAAACCAGAAAAGUUAAUUAGCUUAAAAAAAAAAAAAGUUAAAAAAUCAAUUGGCUGAAAAACUGCUAAAAGACUAAUUGGCUUAAAAACAAUUGGCAAAGAAAAGGAAUUUGGCGCCCCCCCCCCUCCUCUUUCCCUUUGGACCUUGAGUCAAAAUUGGCUGACGACUCUGUCCCUGGGCCAUUGAAGAGAGAGGAAGGGUCUGGAAAAUUGACACACACCGCCUUGCGGCAUCACCAUUUCCUCGUACAAACCUUCAAUUGGGCACUUUAAAUGCGAUUGGCUAU